UGCAAACUCACAGCUUUUGUCAGGAUGUUGAACAUCACACAGCACGCUCGUUCCCCCGUAAACCCCUGGAAAUCCUGCCUCAUUGGCAAUCUCUUCCACAGAAAAGUGCGGAAGUGCAAGCACAUCCAUCGCAGCUUCUCAUCUACUCCCCAGGACGCCACUGUCGAGGCUGUUUUCUCCAACAGUCGAACGCUCUCCCUGACUUCCGGGAAGUAUGCCAGAUUUGCCAGUGGCAGUGUCGUGGCCGAGAUGGGAGAUACAGCUGUGAUGGUGACCACUGUGGCCAAGCAGAAGCCCACAAGUGGAGGAUUUGUCCCUCUGAUUGUGGACUACAGGCAGAAAUCUGCAGCUGCCGGACGCAUUCCCACCAAUUUCCUUCGGCGAGAGCUGGGGCCGUCUGAGAAGGAGAUUUUGUCUGCCAGGCUCAUUGAUCGCUCCGUUCGACCGAUGUUUUCGCCAGAUUUUCGGUAUGAGACUCAGGUUGUCUGCAAUCUUCUGGCUGUUGAUCAUGCCAAUCUUCCGGAUGUUUGUGCGGUGAAUGCAGCUUCUGCUGCUCUAAGUGUCAGUGAUAUCCCGUGGAAUGGGCCAGUUGGAGCUGUCCGGAUGGGGCUGUGUGAUGGGGAGAUUAUUGUUAAUCCCACGCGGAGGGAAUUGCAGGCUUCUUCGUUGGAUCUUGUGGUCACAGCGACUAGGCAGAACCUUGUGGUGAUGCUGGAGGGAAGAGGGGAUAUUGUUCUGUUGAAUGACGUGCAGAAGGCUAUUAAGCAGGGCACCAAGGAAGCUCAGCAUGUAAUUAAUGCCAUUGAGAAGCUUCAGAAGGAGCAUGGAAGGCAAAAGAGGACCUUGGAAGCUCUUCCGGAAGUGCCAGAAGAUGUUUUUCAGGCCAUCCGGAUGGGUAGUGAGAUUCGCUUGAGGGAGAUUUUCAGGGAUACGGCUCACGACAAAAUCAGCAGAGAUGUAGCAGUCCAGGCUGUUCGAGUGGAAGUUCUGGAGAGCGUCAAGGGCGACUUUCCUGAUGCUGAAGUGUCCCUGCUUGAGGGUGCUUUCAAUAGAUACUGCCGGGAAGUUUUCAGGGAAUUGAUCUUCGAGCGGGAUUUGCGUUGCGAUGGAAGAGGAUUGGAUGACUUGAGGAAUAUCAGUUGCAAAAUUGAUCUUCACAAGCCACUCCAUGGAUCAGCUCUGUUCCAGCGUGGGCAGACUCAGGUUUUCUGUACAGUGGCUCUGGAUUCCCAAGAGAGUGCCAUGAAGCUGGAUACCAUCUCUGCUCUCGAUUCCGGAGCCAGAGCCAAGAAUUUCUUCCUGCACUACGAGUUUCCGCCUUACGCCACCGGCGAAAUCGGGCGAAUAGGCCCCAUUGGUCGGCGAGAAAUGGGACAUGGGGCUCUGGCUGAGAAGGGACUCCUGCCAACGCUUCCCAGCGACUUCCCCUUCACAGUUCGCCUGACGGCCGAAGUUCUGGAGAGCAACGGAUCUAGCUCGAUGGCCAGUGUUUGUGCAGGAUCUCUGGCUCUUAUGGACGCAGGAGUUCCACUGUCUGCCCCAGCAGCCGGCGUAGCAAUCGGCUUGGUGACCAAAUGCCAGGAUCCCAAGCAUCUUGAGGAUUACAAACUCCUGACAGAUCUUCUCGGCAUUGAGGACUACAUGGGUGACAUGGACAUGAAAGUGGCCGGAACUCGCAAAGGAAUCACAGCUCUGCAAGCAGACAUCAAGGUUCCCGGACUCCCUCUCAAAGUUGUAAUGGAAGCCUUGCAGAAAGCCACUGACGCCAAGAGUAAAAUCCUGGACAUCAUGAAGCUCACAAUCUCCGAAUCCAGGCGCGUGAAAAAAGACAGCUGGCCAGUCAGUGACAAGAUCACCGUGGAACCUCAUCAGAGAUCCAAGUUAAUCGGUCCCGGAGGAGUUAACCUCAAAAAGAUCUACCUAGAAACAGGAGCUCAACUCACAGCAGACUCAGAAAUCACAUUCACUCUCUUCGCCCCAUCCCAGUCGGCCAUGGAUGAGGCCAGAGAGAUGAUAGAGGUAUUCCUGAAGUUUGAUCGGGUGCCAGAUCUUGAAUUUGGAGCCAUUUACACAGCCAAAAUUGUGGAUGUUAAAGACAUUGGCGUCAUGGUUACUCUUUAUCCAUCAAUGCCCCCAGCCCUUCUGCACAAUUCCCAGCUGGAUCAGCGGAAAAUCGCCCAUCCGUCAGUGUUAGGACUAGAAGUUGGUCAGGAGAUUCAGGUGAAGUACUUCGGGCGGGAUCCCGUCUCGGGUUUCAUGCGGCUCUCGAGAAAAGUGCUCCAAGGACCAAGUACAACAGUUAGGAACCUCGAUAGGAGUGAACAAUCCGACGUAGCGUGAGAAUAAAGUUUUGAAAACCAAAUAAAA